AUAUCCGAAAAUCCCUACUUCCGUUUCAACCAAGCAUCAUAACUACGAUUUUUAUUGCCUCUAAUUAUAAGUAAACCUAAAAUUCUUGAUAUGAAUCGUGUAAGUAUGAACACUUAUUUAAAUUUUAGGCUUAAUAAGCUCACAUUUGUAUUCCUCAGUGCCCCAUCCCCAUUUAAUCUAAUAUUAUUUAGUACAUUUCCAACUGCCUGAAUACCGUACUCAGCCGUGCCUUAACUUACUGAAUUGGUAAAAAAAAUAAAAAAAUUGGCUGAUUCAUUUUUGAUGAUUAUGAUUGAUUCAUUGUCACUCAUUGUGAACAUAUAUGGAAGGAUGUACUAUAUUUAUAACUUUGAUUAUUAAUAUUAUAAAUCUCUCAUUCAUUCAGCCCUUUGAAAUUAACUGGUGUCAGAUUAGGCCUGAAUUUAAGUUAAAGUAAAGCUCAUUAAGAUGAUUAGCUGAAGGGACAGUGACAUUAAUACCAUAAUAUUAUGAUAAUACCUUAAAUUGUUAAAUUUAAAGUUAAAGUAAAGAUUGCAAAUGCCGUUUUUAUUAUGAAGUAAAUAAAAUCAUGUGCCUAGUCUUGUGGUGGUCAGAAGUGAGUUUAAGAUAUAAGAAUAUAUAAAGCUUAUGUUUUAAAAAUUUUUGUUUUGUGUUAGUUCAUUUAAAAGGCUAAUGCCGGUAACCCCGGUUGAAAAUGUGAUGUAAGAAAUUGAUUUAUCAGCAUAUUGGUGGUUAAAAAAAUGUUUUUUCCUAAACAUCACACAUCAACCAAUGUUAAUCUUACACAAGUAUUCUUCUUAUCCUAAAUUUAAAGGCUGUAAUGCCUGUAAAUUAAAUCUUGUUAUUUGUUUUACUGUCAGAAGAAAAUAGCAAUUUAAAGCGUAGAGUGGAUGGGGGUGGUUAUUUAAGAUUGAAAAGUGAUUAUAUUUUUGGAUUUUCUCAAAAUAAUAUACAAAUGCAAUAGACAAGGUAUAUAAAAUUAUUUGUAAUAUAACACUAUAAAAAUAAGUUUGCAUAUCAUUAGCUGUCAUCAAAGACUAAUGCAAUAUUGUCAUUAUGUUUCCUCUUAGAAACACAAGAAGCACAGAAGUCUUAGCCCACCAGAUGAGGAUGAUCAUAGAAAGUCUAAAAAUGUGAAAAGACAUCACAAUGAAAGUUCAUCAGAUGAAGAAGAUCACAGGAAAAAUAGUCAUAAACAUCAGAAGCACAGACAUCAUUCCAAUGAUGAAGAGGACAAAAAGCUCACUCGAGCUCAUAGGCGCAAAGAAUCUCAUCAAAGAGGAAGAGAUGCAAAGUUUGAUCCAAACCUGAGGAUAAAACAAGAGAAAGACGACGAAAAUUUCCAGCAACAGCAGCGGGAAAGGUCAAGGAAUGAUGCUGACAGGCGUGUCAAGAGGAGAGAUAGAGAGCGCAAUGAUGGUGAUUUUGGCCUGAACACAGCGCAGGUGAAAUCUGAAGAGGGGGAGGAGGAGAAAAAAGAAGAUAAACAGAAGCCUAAUUUUAAACUUUCAGGAAAGUUAACAGAAGACACUAACACUUUCCGUGGUGUUGUUAUUAAGUACAAUGAACCACCUGAGGCAAUGAAGCCUAAAAGGAGAUGGCGCCUUUACCCUUUCAAAGGGGAGGAAGCCCUGCCAGUUCUCCACAUACACAGACAGAGCGCCUAUUUAUUAGGGCGCGACAGAAAAAUAGCAGACAUUCCAGUUGAUCAUCCAUCUUGUUCAAAACAGCAGGCUGUUCUCCAGUUCCGUGCCAUGCCAUACACACGUCCUGACGGAACACCAGGCCGCCGUGUUAGGCCGUACAUUAUCGAUUUGGAAUCUUCUAAUGGUACAUACCUGAACAAUGAAAAAAUUGAGCCUCGGCGCUAUUAUGAGCUGAGGGAGAAAGAUGUAAUCAAGUUUGGUUUCAGCACCAGGGAAUAUGUGGUUUUGCAUGACAGUGUGGAUCUAUCUGAAGUGACAGCAGGUGAUGACAUGGAAGAAGUAUAGUUCAAUGUUUGUAAAAUUGCUUUUGUUUUAAAUUUUAUAAGAAAUUGUAUUGUGAAUGCCAGUAAUAUAUGUUAUUUGAGUCAAGCAUUAAAGAUCACGUCUUAUUUUAAAUAACCUGCAUUUAUUUAUAGUUAUUAUAUUGUCGGAAAUACAAAAUUUCGAUGCAUAAGUAAUAAAUUAUCCCUUUAAAGUACCAGCAGCCAAAAAGUGCCUGAUAGUGCCUGCAUUAAAGCAACAAAUAUGUUGUUGUUUUUUUUUAAAACUUAAACCAAGAUGCAAUUGAAAAACAUAUAUUUUCAAUUUUUUGGGUGUUUAAAAAAAAAAACUUUUUAAAAAUAUUUUUAAAAAUAAGUUUCAGGAAUGGGAUGAUCUUAAAAUUUUAAAUAAAAAAAGAAAAAUAAUAUUUUAACAGAACAUAGUAGUAAAGUAAUUUAUAAUUAAUUAAUCAAAAAGACAUGUUUUCAUCUGAGAUAAAAGACCAAAUAUUUCAAUUUAUUUACAUAAUUUCCAAUACAGUGGGUAAUUUCUUUUUAAAAGUCCUUUGUGGGAAUGACCUUUACCAGUAUCCAAUAUACCAUUAAAUGUUUGUAAGCUACUGGUUGAAUGACAUUUCAAUGAUAACUUUACUUCAUAAUCUUUUGAGAUACAAUUUAGAUUAUGCUAUUAAAAUUUAUUUUCUUUCAUUUCAAAAACUAUUUUUCGAGUGAGUUUUUCACAAAUAGUGGGGUUUUUUUUUGGUUACCGGAAAUUUGUUUGAAAGAAAUUUCGUCUACGGAAAAUUGAUCAACAGAAGUUAGGUCAAACAGAAAUUUGAUCAAACGGAAGUUUGGUGGAAUUUUUUUUCAGUUCACACGAUCAAAUUUUCGUCAAAUUUCUUUGUGAACGCACUAUAUUGUAAUGCAUAGUAAAACAAAAUAAUGUGUUCAAAUUGAAAUUUGACGCAAAAUUAAAGCGUGUGCACUAAAUAAACAAUUCACCCAAACGUCCUUUUGAUCAAACUUCUGUCUAUCAAUUUCCCGUUGGCAAAAUUUCUUUUAAACAAAUUUCUGGAUACUAUUAAUUUUCCUUCAGUAAAUUUUUCUUAAAAAAAAAAAAAAAUCAAUUACAUUUUUAAUUUUUAGUUUUUUUUUAUAUAGACUUUGAGAAAUAUUGCUUAAUUUAUUCUGCUGUUAUUUUAUAUUGUAUUUUGAUAAACAAUCCACUUCUUUCACAAAAUCAUACUUUUUCUUAAAGACAGGAUGAAUCAAUUGUUCAAUUAUUUUUUUUAAAUGUCUAGGAAUUUCAAACAUAGGGUGUGGCAAUUUGGACUUAAAAAGAAAACAUUUCCAUAACAUUGUAGGCCAUCGAGAUCCUCUUUGUGUGCUUUAUAGAAUCUAAACAAUUCUCUGUUCCUAAUCCUUUACCCAUGCUUAUUCCCUUGUGUGAUGUUAAGGAUAUAGUUAUUUAUAAGUUAUUAUAUCAUGUAAAAUUUAGGGAUUUAGCCAUUUAUUAUUGAAUUUGAAUGUCAUUUUUUUUCCUUUGGGAAGCUAAACUAAUGAUUAACAACUCGAGACGACUUUUGCUUUGUCAUUAACCAGAUUCUAUGAAAUGUUUUUAAAAUAAAAGUCUAUAAAAUUAUCAAAGUGUACAUAUAAACAUUUGAAGAAGUUUUGAUGGGUCGAAAAUGUGACUUCCAAUAUUUGACUUAUUGUUAUUUGGACCGUAAUUGUGGUCUUAUCUAUUAAGUAUGCUAUAAAUUUUUGAAUUGAUGCAUAGUCAUAUCUGUGGUUUUAUUGAUUCCUUCUGAAUCUUUGGCUAGGUUGACCAUAUGUAACAGCUGUGGUACUAUGCUAUAUACCUUGCACAAACUUUACUCUGUUUUACAGAGUCUCAUACCCAGUGAUAAUAUGGCGGGGUAUUUACUUGCUUGUACUUGAGACAAUUUUGGCCAAUUUGAUAGUUUCAUAUAAGGGAUUGAACUGCAUGUAAUUUUCGCCCCAUGCACAUAUCAAUUUACUGCUCCCAGUAACUUUGUAAAACAAUAAUUAAAUCUUUGUUGCUGUGACGUAUAAUGAUGAUUCUAAAAAGUAGGUAUUUACUUUUAUUAUGUAACUUUAUUAUGUGCUCGAGUUCUGAAUAUAUAUUUAUUUAUUUUGGUAACAUGCCCUUUUCACAACCUUGCCUUCAUCUAAAUUAUCAACAUUCAUCAUCAAAUUUAUGUAAUUUUUAAAGCAAAAAAAUCUUCCUUUUCUACUAGAUGUAAUAGGUGCAGUGUUCCCUUAUUAAAAACAUAUCUUUUGGGUGAGGCCUUGAAAUUUCCAGAAAGAUUACUCUUGUAUUGGGUAUAAAAUCUUCAAGCAAAAAAACAAAAAAAAAAAACAAAUGAGUUACUGGCCCAUCUGAAUGAGAAGCUGUAAAAUAAGAAGCUAGAGUAUAAAAGUAAUGCUGAAGUUGACAGAGUGAUCUCUAUUUUGCCAACAUUAACUCAUGAUUUGACUCAUGGGGAGCAUAUUGUCCUGUUGCCCACCUCUGUAAGAAAAUAUGGAGAUAAAUCAUUUAAUGUUGAAAUUUCAUUAAAUGUCUGACUGCCAUGUUACAUUUGUGGAUAGCAGGGACGGUGUAAAACCCUAGACAUGUUUGGAGAAUUUCAGUUACCCGGGUAGUUGACGACUUGUAUGGACUUGGCAUUUAGUGAUAAGCCUGUUAUUCUCAUGCAAUGGUUGAAUGGUAUAGUUUUAGAAUAAAACUUUAAAUCAUCUGUCACUAUCAAUGUGGAAAAGAUCGAGUUAUAUGGAGUUGUGAGAGUGUAAUGAUGUGAAACACAAGCGGUG